UCCUGCUUCUAAGCUACGAAAGGCUUGUGGGAGGAGGAGCACGGAGCGGCAUCUCUGCAAAGCGGAUUGCAAACUCCAGGCUCAGGAUGCUGCCGUUGCCAGGCUCUAUUCGUGCCGCUCGGAGGGGCUCUCAGCUGCCCUCCACCACCGCUCUCGUCUUGUGCCUCUUGGCAGUUUCAUGGGUCGCCACCGCCAGGCCCAGGUACUUGUUGACAGCUCCUUUGACCUUCAGGCCUGGAGCAAAUACAAGUAUUGGGGUAGCGCUACUGAAGAACAGCCCACCAGAGAUUACAGUAAAAGCUGAGGUGGUCAUUGAAAACAACACUGUACUGAGGGGAGAAGCUGUAUUUCAAAGAGAUUCGUUUGGAACACUUGUCCUUCCAGCUCUCCCCCUGGUCAGUCCUGCUGGUGAUUAUAAUUUGCUAGUCAAAGGAUAUGCAGAGGGUGAACUGCUGUUUUCUGAUGAGACAUAUCUUUCAUUUGAAUAUAAGAGCUUCUCAGUGUUCAUCCAGACGGAUAAAUCUAUGUACAAACCAGGGCAAGAUGUGAAAAUACGAAUUGUUUGUUUGCACCCAGACCUCAAACCACUCAAUGCUUUAGUAAAUUUAUAUAUUCGGGAUCCUCGGCGCAAUUUAAUUCAGCAGUGGCUGGCAGAAAAUGGAAAACUGGGGAAGAUAUCCAAGGAGUUUAAAAUAUCCAGAUAUCCUGUGCUGGGUGAUUGGUCCAUACAGGUUGAAGUAAAUGAACAAACUCAUUAUCAAACAUUUACUGUGAUGGAGUAUGUGUUACCAAAAUUUGAAAUCAUUUUAGCAACACCUCUGUUUUACUCUUCAAAAAAUGAGAGCUUCAGUGGUGCUGUCACAGCAAAGUAUACUUAUGGAAAACCGGUAAAAGGGAAAGUAACUGUCACUUGUUUUUCUUCAUCUUAUUGGGGCCGGAACAAAAAUAUUACUAAAAUAUUGCCGAUUAAUGGAUCUGUGAACUUCACACUUAAUAGUCAAGAGAUGCAGGUUAUAACUUCCUCACAAAGUAAAUGGAACUCACAUGUGCCACCUGUAGAAAUCAUCGCUGUGGUUACAGAAUCACUUACAGGCAUGUUCUUUAAUAUGGGUUUUCCUUUAAGGAGCAAUAGGAUCUCCCAAAAUGCAAGUACUACUGUAUUUCCAAGGUUCUAUAACUACAUAUUAGAAUUUUCUGAGUAUCCAAAAGUUCUGAAGCCUUCUCUGACUUUCACAGCUAUGCUGAAAAUAAAAAGAGCUGACAACAAUCAGUUGAAUACUGAUGACCUAAAGAAUAAUGUAUCGAUUUCUGUCAGCCAUGAAUUUCAGACAGAACAGAACUUUAACUAUUCUGUCCCAGAAAAUGGGAUUAUUCAUAUUGAAUUUCCAGUUCUAGUUACUACAACAUUGAAAGUUAAGGCCCAAUUUCUUGAUGGUUAUGCUUCUGUGGUCAUAAAUGAUGUAUUCUACUCUCCCAGUUCAACUUACCUCCUAAUUAAAAAAAUGACUCAAGAAGUAAAGGUUGGGACACCUUUGGAGCUGAGUGUUAGAAGCAACAGACCCAUGACAGAGAUCAGCUAUAUGGUCAUUUCUAAGGAACAAAUUGUAGUUGCAGGCAAAGUUGAGCUGCAGUCCUCAACCUUCACUUUAACACCAGAAAAUUCUUGGGCCCCAGAGGCUUGCAUCAUUGCUUACUAUGUGAGUGACAGUGGAGAAGUAAUAAAUGACGCUCUGAAAGUUCCUGUGCAUCCUGUUUUUAAAAACCAGAUUAACAUGUACUGGAGUAAAAACAGAGCUAAACCUUCUGAAAACAUUACCCUCAAGAUCAAUGUAACUGAACUUGAAACAACCAUUGGCCUUUUAGUUGUGGACAAAAGUACAAAGCUGAUCGGAAAAAGAAGUGACAUCUCAGAGGAUGCUAUAUAUCAUGAACUAAGUCUGUAUAAUACAGCGCAAUAUGAUAGUGAAGCCCAAAGUUCCUACAAUGUCUUUCAGAAAUGUAACCUCUGGGUAUUGACUGAUGCCAGCCUUCCACACCAUGACCCCAUGAUUUUCGAUAGUAUUGGAUAUGUUAAUAUGACAUAUGAAAUUGGAGGAAUGGCAUUAGAGGAAUAUGAUAACUCUCUGGAGCUUUCAUCAGUAUCUGCUGAUUUUGGUAAUCCUCAUGUAAGAACAAAUUUUCCAGAGACUUGGAUUUGGCGUGAAAUUACACCAAGUUCUACAGAAGCAAUAGUGGAUGUCACUGUUCCUGAUACCAUUACUUCAUGGCUAGCCAGUGGUUUUAUAAUAUCUGAAAACCUUGGUCUUGGUGUAACAAAAAUACCUGUAGAGUUAGAAGUUUUCCAGCCCUUUUUUAUUUCCUUGAACCUUCCACCAAGUGUUGUAAGAGGAGAACAGUUUUUAUUGGAAGUACAUCUCUUCAAUUAUAUGAAAGAGAAUAAUGAGGUUACAGUGACCCUCGAUCGAAGUGACGCAUUUGAAAUUUUUAUUUCAAAUGAAAUAAAUGCUACAGACAACAAACGGUCAGUAUGGGUGCCAAGUGAAGAUGGGAGGACUGUCAUUUUCCCAAUCAAACCAACACAAAUUGGAGAGAUUCCCAUCAGAGUGACAGCAAUAUCCAUCUUUGCAUCUGAUGCCAUCAUCCAGAAAGUGUUAGUGAAGGCUGAGGGAUUAGAGCAGUUUCAUUCACAGACACUUCUUUUGGACUUGACCAAAAGAACUGGACUUACAGAUUCGCCAGCAGAAACUUUGCUUUUUACUUUUCCAUCUGAGGUUGUACCUGGCAGUGAAAGAAUACAGUUCACUAUUGUUGGUGAUAUGCUUGGCCCUUCUAUCAGUGGUUUGGCAUCACUAAUCAAAAUGCCUUAUGGGUGUGGAGAACAGAACAUGAUUAAUUUUGCACCUAAUAUUUAUGUUCUGGACUAUCUGACUAAAACAGGAGAGCUGAAGCACAAUACAAAAUUGAAAGCUGUGUCGUAUAUGAGAGAAGGCUACCAAAGAGAGCUCACCUUCCAAAGAGUUGAUGGCUCUUUCAGUGCUUUUGGAAACAGUGAUGAUUCCGGAAGCACAUGGUUAUCAGCUUUUGUACUGAGAAGUUUCUUUCAAGCUCAACCAUACAUAGAUAUUGAUCCAUAUAUACUGGAGAGAACAGCUGCUUGGUUGGUUAACCACCAGGCACAGAGUGGAGAAUUCCUGGAACCUGGAAGAGUGUUACACAGUGAACUGCAAGGAGGCACUAAUAGCUCUGUCUCACUUACAGCUUACAUCAUGGCAGCACUAUUAGAGUAUCAAACAAAUCAGUAUGACAACUCCAUCAGAAAGGCUUUGAACUUCCUAGAAAUGAAAUUAAAUGAAGGAAUAUCAGAUAAUUAUACACUGGCUCUUGUGACGUAUGCCUUAUCACUGGCUAAGAGCAUAGAAGCAAAAACUGCACUGAACAUCCUGAAUGACAAAUCAGAACGUCAGGGAGAACUCAGAUUCUGGGGAUCUCCAGCUUCUGAACUGUCUGAUUCCUGGCAGCCACACUCUACUGAUAUUGAGCUUGCAGGCUAUGCUCUGUUGUCUCAUGUCAAACAACAUAGAUUAUUACAAGGGGUACCUAUUAUGAAGUGGCUACUCAAGCAAAGGAACAGUGUUGGAGGUUAUACUUCUACACAGGACACCAUUGUGGCUCUGCAGGCUUUGAGUGCCUGUGCUGUGCAUACCGCUGGCGGUGACAUAGAAAUGGAUGUAACUGUCCAUUCAACAGGUGAAGAAAAUCCAUUUGUGUACAGGCUUGAUAACAGAAACCGCUUUGUUCUCAAAAGUGAAGAGAUUGUUGCUACUCAGCCCUUGGAGGUUACAGUUUCAAGCAGUGGUCAUGGCUUUGGAAUUUUUCAGCUCAAUAUUGUGUACAAUGUGAAAAAUCCACAUGAUAACAUGAGGAGUAGAUCAACACAGGGACCAGAAGCCUUUGACUUGGAUGUUGUUGUGAAGGAUAACAAAAAUGAUAUAAACCAUGUAACCUUGAAUGUCUGUACUAGGUAUUUGGGAAAAGAUAAAUCUUCAAGGACUGGUAUGGUUCUUAUGGAAGUUGGAUUGUUGAGUGGUUUCUCUUUGUCACCUGGUUUUGUGCCACCAGAUGAUAUGAUUAGGAAAGUGGAGAAAGAAGAACGCAAAGUCCAUUUAUAUUUGGACUAUUUGAAUAAAACAAAAUUUUGUGUGGAUGUUCCAACUGUGAGAUACUUCAAAGUUGCAAAUACUCAAGAUGCUUCUGUAAAUGUAGUAGAUUACUAUGAACCCAGGAGAAGAGCAGUGAGAAGCUAUAACUCUGAAGUGAUGAGGAGCGUAUCAUCAUGUAACUUCUGUGAAAAUGACUGUGAUUUUUGUGCAAUGGAUUUGAAUGGUUCUUCACCAGUUUCCCUCUCCUGUGAACUCUUUGUAGUACACAUAAGUCUUUUGUACAUGUGGCUGUUCUAAGAAGGCAUGUAUCCCAUAUUACACUUCUAAGAGUAGCAGUGCACUCUCUCUCUGUCUGUCUCUGUCUCAAAUACGGUUUUUAUUAGCCCUUCUGGACAAAGGCAGUCCAGAUGAGGAGGCUUCCCAAGUCCACUCAGUGGAGGCAGAGAUUCAAUUUCUGGCAGACAGCCAUUGAUAACAAUGGGGUAAGAGUUCUGAUUUACAUAAAUCUAGAUCUAGAACUUCCUGUAGGAAUUUGUACCUGGUCUAGAACUCCCUGUAGGCAUUUGCACCUGGAACAAAAGAAGCAUCUACAUCUAACAGGAAGGGAAAUGUUCCUUUCUCGACAGUCUCCCCAAAAUGAAAAUCCACAGGUAAAAAACACUGUUCAGCCUCAUUGUUCUCUCGUGUACCCAGUCAUGGCAGAAUCUGAUCUCCCAAUUAAUAGUGACAGCGUGAUUAAGCCCAAUUCUAGCUGGUUUAUUAAAAUGAAAACAUUCCCAAGUUUAUUGUUUCUGUAUGUAUUCAUGGUCAGAUUUGUUCAGGCAAAAAAAAAAAAAGUGACUCAAAUGUGUAUAUUUUUUGGAAGGUUUUUAUUUGAAAUAAGAAAAUAUAUUUAUAAGAAGAGUGUACAGAAAAAGACUGUAGGACAUUCA